AUGGAUCUCGGCUCGCCUAAUCGUCACACCCCAAAACGAACACGCACAGUGACUUCCUCGCCCCCGUCCUCCCAUAGCCAUGCCUCGUCCCACCACUAUCGACCAACUUCCCGCAGUACAGCACACUCAAACCCCACCAGCCGUCGCAGCUCGCGGCAUUCCUCGCACCGGAGGGUGCCUACCUCAGUAUCCCUGACCCCGUCUGUACACAGCGCGAGUCGCCGUCCGCCGGGUCAGAAGCGAGAGAGCCUACUCGCACUACAUCGAGAAUCAUGUCGGUUAUUCCAAGUCCCAGACCAGGAGGUCAUGACUCCCCCGCCGAUUUCGACGAAAAUGUCCGUCCAGCAUAUUUCUUCGGCUGCGUCGUCGGAUAUCGGUUCGCCACCGCUGUCGCCAGGGUUGUAUGCGCAAUCUUCUGUGUCUGAUCGAUCACUAGACCAUGGUCGACCCAGUACGAUAUACCCGAUUCCUGCAGAACCGCCAUGCAAACAACCAUCGCAUACAAUCAAUACGGUCAUCGACUGGACCUCUCCCUCCACCCGACGACGGGAGUAUGCAAAGAUUGACCGCGCCAGUCGUGGUGUCCGAGGGCUAUGGCGCAAAGUAGCGCCGCGAUGGUGCCAGUUUGGGAAUGACAGGAUGCCGUUCUUCGAGCCUGAUAAGAACGGCAAGGCCAACUAUGAGGGAAGCGUGAGGCGGUUUCGAAUGGAUCUCCCUGAUGAGCCGGAGCUGGCUAGAUCUCGUCGGGGAGGGUUCAAACUUCGGGGGAGGAGACACACGGCUGUCUAA